UUGCAACAGGGAGGUCGAGAAGGAACUGUUGACAAUUAAGAGAUGAAACUCUUCAGAACAUGGAGGCAGAGAAAGACUCUGGAAGGAGACUGCGAUCCAUUGGCCGAAGGCUGUACGACGAGAACGAGGACCUCUCGGACGUGGAGGAGAUCGUCAGCAUCCGCGGCUUCAGCUUGGAGGAGAAACUAAGGAGCAGGAUGUAUCGCGGGGAUUUUGUGCGGCCCAUGGACGGGAGAGAUUUCACUUUUGAGUACGUGCAGCGAGAAGCCCUCCGGGUCCCCCUCAUCUUCCGAAGUAAGGAUGGACUGGGAAUUAAGAUGCCAGACCCAGACUUCACCGUGCGAGAUGUCAAGCUGCUUGUGGGGAGCCGCCGGAUCGUGGACGUGAUGGAUGUGAACACGCAAAAGGGCAUUGAGAUGAGCAUGUCUCAGUUUGUGCGGUACUACGAGACCCCGGAGGCUGAGCGCAAGAAGCUGUACAACGUGAUCAGCCUCGAGUUCAGCCACACGAAGCUGGCGAACAUUGUCAGGCGCCCCAACGUGGUGGACUUAGUGGACUGGGUGGACAACAUGUGGCCGCGUCAUCUGAAGGAGAGGCAGACGGACGCCACCAACACCAUUUCGGAGAUGAAGUACCCCAAAGUGAAGAAGUAUUGCCUGAUGAGCGUGAAAGGGUGCUUCACCGAUUUCCACAUUGAUUUCGGGGGGACCUCCGUUUGGUACCACGUUUUCCGAGGAGGGAAGAUCUUCUGGCUGAUUCCCCCAACUUCGCAGAACCUCGAACUCUACGAGGAAUGGGUUCUCUCGGGGAAGCAAAGCGACGUCUUCCUCGGGGACAGGGUGGAGCUCUGCCAAAGGAUUGAGCUGAAGCAAGGGCACACCUUCUUCAUUCCUUCCGGGUGGAUCCAUGCCGUUUACACUCCGGUAGAUUCCCUGGUGUUUGGUGGAAACAUCCUGCAUAGCUUUAACGUCCCCAUGCAGCUUCGCAUCUACGAGAUUGAGGACAGAACGAGGGUGCAGGCCAAGUUCCGUUACCCUUUCUACUAUGAGAUGUGUUGGUAUGUCUUGGAGAGAUACGUGUUCUGCGUGACCCAGCGCUCCCACCUCAGCAAAGAGUACCAGAAGGAGUCAAUGGUCAUUGAUACAACGAGGAAACGCAGCCUAGACAGCUUCUCGUCGGAUUCCUGGGUAGACAUGGAUGACGACUUGUGCGACGUUCACGCUCGGGAGGAGAAGGACGAGCACCCGGAAAAAGCCCCCAAGGCCUCGGCCGACCGAUCCUCUUCUCCCAACAGCACGCAUUCCGAAGGGAAGGAGGGUUCGGGGAAGAAGCAGAAGCCCCCGGGCCCCCGGUACCUCAAAAGGACUUUAUCCAACGAGUCCGAUGACAGCGUGAGGUCGGCGCCGGCGGACUACCCCAAAACGCCCACGGGGUCGCCGGCCACGGAGGUUUCGGCCAAAUGGACUCCCCUGACGGAGUUUGAACUGAAGGGCUUGAAAGCCCUCGUUGAGAAGCUCGAAUCUCUUCCGGAGAAUAAGAAAUGUAUCCCCGAAGGCAUUGAGGAUCCUCACGCUCUGCUGGAGGACGUGAAGAACAUCCUGAAGGAACAUGCAGAUGAUGACCAGAAUCUCGCCAUUUCUGGGGUCCCUGUGGUAUCCUGGCCUAAGAAAAAUGCAAAGAGCCGGGCAGUCGGGAGGCCCAAAGGGAAGGUGGGUCCUGCCUCCGCUGUGAAGCUCGCCGCGAAUCGGGCGACGGCCGGAGCGCGCCGGAGGAGGACGCGAUGCCGCAAGUGCGAGGCCUGCCUACGCACCGAGUGUGGCGAGUGUCACUUCUGCAAAGACAUGAAGAAGUUUGGCGGGCCCGGCCGGAUGAAGCAGUCGUGCAUCAUGAGGCAGUGCAUUGCGCCGGUGCUGCCCCACACGGCCGUGUGCCUGGUGUGUGGGGAAGCGGGCAAGGAAGACACGGUGGAAGAGGAGGGGGGCAAAUUUAACCUCAUGCUCAUGGAGUGCUCCAUCUGCAACGAGAUCAUCCACCCUGGAUGCCUGAAGGUGCGGGAAUCGGACGGCGUGGUCAAUGAGGAGCUGCCCAACUGCUGGGAAUGUCCGAAGUGCAACCACGCCGGCAAGACUGGGAAACAAAAGCGCGGACCAGGGUUCAAAUACGCGUCCAACCUCCCCGGCUCUCUGCUCAAAGAACAGAAGAUCAACCGAGAAAACAAGGAAGUCGUCCCAGACGCCACCAAGCGCAAAGUGGAGUGCGAGGAGCCCCCUCGGAAGAAAUCGGACGAGCGCCCCCAAAAGCCCCCUCUCGACCCUCUUUUGAGGAGGAAGUCUGAGGAAGCCCACCUGCGGCGGAAGCGGAAAUUUGAAAAGCCCCAGGAGCCGGCAAUGAGGAAGCAGCUAAAACUGGGCAAAGAAGAGAAGCUUUUCAGGAAAAAGCGGCGCUCGUGGAAAGCCCCGGACGACCGGGCCGCCCUGCUGAAGCCGCUGCGGCGUUUCAAGCAGGAGCCCGAGGAGGAGCUGCCGCCGCCGGAGGAGGAGCCCCCGAAGAGCAAGGAGAGCGACCAGUCGCGCUCGAGCUCCCCGACGGCGGGGCCCAGCUCGGAGGGGGCCGAGGGCCGGGACAAGAAGAAGCUCAAGGCCCGGCGGAAAGCCCGCCUGCCCAACAAGGAGCUCAGCAAGGAGCUCAGCAAGGAGCUCAACCAGGAGAUCCAGAAGACGGAGAACAGCCUGGCCAACGAGAACCACCACCAGCCCCCCAUCAAGUCCGAGCCGGAGAGCGAGAGCGAGGAGCCCAAGCGCCUGCUGGGCCCGGAGCGGCCCCACCGCUUCGGCAAGGGCUUGAACGGCACCCCCAGGGAGCUCCGGCACCAGCUCCUGGCUGGCUUGCGCAGCGGCGGCGGCGGCACCCCCCCCAGGGCCGUCGCCCGGCCGCCCCCGUCCCUCUCGCCCCCCAAGUGCGUCCAGAUGGAGCGCCACAUCAUCCGGCCGCCCCCCAUCAGCCCCCCUCCGGACUCGCUUCCGCUGGACGAUGGGGCGGCCCACGUCAUGCAGAGGGAGGUCUGGAUGGCCGUCUUCCGCUGCCUCCGCCCCAGCGAGCUCAGCGUCUGCAUGAGGGUUUGCCGGACCUGGAACAGAUGGUGCUGUGAUAAAAGACUGUGGACCAAAAUCGACCUAAAUCAUUGCAAAUCCAUCACUCCGCUCAUGCUCAGUGGUAUUAUUAGGAGGCAGCCUGUCACUCUUGACCUGAGCUGGACGAACAUAUCCAAAAAGCAACUGAGCUGGCUCAUCAACAGACUCCCAGGCCUCCGAGAUCUGCUCUUGUCGGGCUGCUCGUGGAUCGCAGUGUCCGCCCUGUGCAGCUCCAGUUGUCCCCUCCUGCGGACACUAGACGCCCAGUGGGUGGAAGGCUUGAAAGAUGCACAAAUGAGAGACCUUUUGUCGCCGCCAACAGACAACAGGCCGGGCCAAAUUGACAACCGGAGCAAACUGCGCAACAUCACGGAGCUGCGCCUGUCUGGCCUGGACGUCACGGACGCUUCCCUGCGCUUGAUCAUCCGGCACCUGCCGCUCCUGUCCAAGCUCCACCUCAGCUACUGCAACCACAUGACGGAUCAGUCCAUUAACCUGCUGACCGCCGUGGGGACGGCCACGCGGGACUCCCUAACGGAAGUUAUUUUGCAAGACUGCAAUAAGGUGACGGACCAGUGCCUCUCCUACUUCAAGCGCUGCGGGAGCAUUUGCCGGAUCGAUCUAAGGUACUGCAAGCAAGUGACCAAGGAAGGGUGUGAGCAGUUCAUAGCGGAGAUGUCCGUCAGCGUUCAGUUUAGUCAAGUGGAAGAGAAACUGCUGCAAAAGCUGAGUUAGUGUUUACAAGGGCGAGUUUGUAAAUAGCUGCGAGGCGGAAAAGGAGCUCCAGAUCACAGGAGAAAUUGUACUUUGGAGACGCUGGAAAAGCCGAGUGUUCAUGGUUUGGAUUGUACUGGAAUGCGUGGUGUCCCAGCCACCCACGAACUGUUUCAGCCUGGGUGGGAUCAUGAUGCUCUGCCCAGGUCCUUUAUGUACCUUCCUGCGGUGACAGCAAAGGAUUGUCUAGGCCUAGAGGAAGACGGAGGCCCAUCUAUUUAAAUACCACAGCUGGGGCGGUUGUAGGUUCUUGAAGCAUUUCUGCAGAUAUCAAAGCAAUGUUAAUUCUGGUGUCAUUAAGGUGGGCCAUACCCUGCAUUUCUGCCUUUGGAACAUUUUUUGUUAAUCCUACAUUAUGCAGAACUAUUUUUGUACAAAUUUGUUUAAAAAGUUAUUUAUGCAAAGUUCUUGAAUGCAUUGCAAACGUUUGUCUUUGUUUCAAAUUGCCAAGUUAUUUGAGGUAGGAGAGAACCUCUUACUGGAGAAAUAACCAGUUGGGAGGGGUGGGUGGGAAAGUAGGUAAAUGCUGUAAAAUGGGGGGGGGGAAGCAUGUUUUACUGGAGGUUUUAUAUACUACUUUGUAUACUCUGGAAACACUGUAAGCAUGUCGUGGAAAGGGGGUUUAAUAGAUUAAGAAUGAACAUGCUGCCAAGUUUUCCCAGUAUAAAAUUCACCAGUUCUCAACUUUGAACUUUCCAAUUACACCUGUGCACAAGAAAGGGUAAUUUGUACUUGCUGUACAAGAUCCAUUUAUACCACAAACCAAGCAGUUUUGGUUUUUGAGUAACUUCUUGUUUUAAGAGUUAAACUGGUUGAUUCCAGUUUGUAAAGAGAAGGGGGCGGGGCAAUUCAGUCUACAUAAGUGCCAUUGUUGUAAAGUGGUGUUCCCCCCCCCAUAGACCUUCCUUCUUUCCUCAUACAGUUUUACCUCUGUUGAAUUUGUAUAAAUGAUUGUACAAAAA